CUUCACUCGGGAAGAGUGGUCCAUGCUGGAUUCAUCUCAGAAGAGACUUUACAAAGAUGUGAUGGUGGAGACCUACAGGAACCUCACUGCUAUAGGAUACAAUUGGGAAGACCAUAAAAUUGAAGAACAUUGUCAAAGUGAUAAAACAUGUGGAAGGCGUGAAAAAAGCCAUGCCUCAGAGAAACCAUAUGAACAUACUCAGUGUGAUAAAGCCUUCCGUCAUCACAGUCAUCGUCAAAAGCAUGAAAGAACUCAUACUGGAGAGAAACCUUCUGAAGGCUUUCAACAUAGUGAAGCCCUUGCAAGUCUCCAAAUACAUAAAAUAACAUUUUCUAGAGAGAAACCCUACAAAUGUAAUCAGUGUGAUAAAGCCUUUGCCCAACACUAUUAUCUUCGAAUACAUGAAAAAACACAUACUGGAGAGAAACGUUAUAAAUGCGAUCAAUGUGGUAAAGCCUUUGCAUAUCAUUGUACUUUGCGUUUGCAUAAAAGAACACAUACUGGAGAGAAACCUUAUGAAUGUGAUCAAUGUGGUAAAGCCUUCGCCCAUAACAGUUAUCUUCAAAUACAUAAGGUAACACAUACUGGAGAGAAGCCCUACAAGUGUAAUCAAUGUGAUAAAGCCUAUUCACAACAGAGUCAUCUCGUACUACAUAAAAGAACACAUACUGGAGAGAAACCGUAUAAAUGUAAUCAGUGCGGUAAAUCAUUUGUAUCACUCAAUCAUCUUCAAACUCAUGAAAGAAUUCAUACUGGAGAGAAACCUUACAAGUGUAAUCAAUGCGGUAAAGCCUUUUCACAACACCCUAGUCUCCAAACGCAUAUAAGAACACAUACUGGAGAGAAACCCUACAAAUGUGAUCAAUGUGAUAAAGCCUUUACACAAAGCAGUAGUCUCCUGAUGCAUAGAAGAAUACAUACGGGAGAGAAACCUUAUGAAUGUCGUCAAUGUGGUAAAGCCUUUACACGGAACAGUACUCUCCAAAACCAUAAAAGGCAUCAUACUGGAGAGAAGCCCUAUGAAUGUGAUGAAUGUGGUGGAGUCUUUGCAUAUAACAGUGGUCUCCAAAAACAUAAAAAGAGUCAUCUGGGAGUGAAACCCUGACAAGGUAUUUAACAU